AUGGGUAAUGUUUGUAAGACAAUACAUAGAACUCAAGUUUUGGAAACAGGUGGUUUUGAAUUUGAAUAGCCUAUUGAAACUAAACCUUAUGAAAUUAAAAGUAAUCUACCAGAAGUACAAGAAAUGUGUGCAACUAAAAUCUAGGCUUUGUAUCGAGGUCAUUCAGUAAGAAAAUAAGUAAAAAGUCUAUGAUUACACUACAGAAAAAAUAAGUUGAAGAAUCUUAUCCUCCUUUCAAAGAUAUCGCUAUUCCAAUAGAGUAAGUUCCAGAGAUCUUCCAUCAUAAUGUUUCCAAAGUACUUUUGCAAUUAGGACCUUUCGAUUAUACUUAGUGUCCUUCUAUGGUUGGAGCUAAAUCACUUCCCCCUUAUUAAUUUCUUGAUAAAGGAGGGAUUUAUAUAGGUUAAUGGAAAAAUCAUCAAAGAAAUGGAAAAGGUAAAUACAUCUUUCCUGAUGGAUCACUUUAUGAAGGAUUUUGGGUAGAAGAUAAAGCCAAUGGAUUUGGUAGACUCAUUGUUACUAGUGGAGAUUAUUAUAUAGGAGAAUGGAAAAAUGAUAAGAAUGAUGGUUAUGGUGUUUAUGUACAUGCUGAUAAGUCGAGAUAUGAAGGAUUUUGGAAGGAUGAUAAUAGGCAUGGAUAAGGAAUAGAAAUAUGGGAAGAUAAGUCUGCUGUUUAUGAGGGUAGUUUUUAUAUGGGGGUGAAAGAAGGAUAUGGAAUCUAUAAGUGGGCUGAUGGAUCGAAUUAUGCAGGAGGAUUUAAAAAUAAUCAAUUUUAAGGGAUGGGAACUUAUAUUUGGCCUGAUGGUAGCAAAUAUGAAGGAUAAUGGUAGAACAAUAAGAUGAAUGGUGAAGGAAUAAUGACUUGGGAGGAUGGGAGAAAAUAUAUAGGUAUAUUAUCUAUUUCAUUAGGGGAAUUAUAAGGAUAAUAAAAAGGAUGGUAAAGGAGAAUUCUAUUGGUCUGAUGGUAGGAUUUAUAAGGGGUAAUGGUAAAAUGGAUUGUAACA